AGCCUCGGCCAGUUUCCCUUUCGUUCUGCGGCCGCUGCUGCCAGCCGCGCGGCUCCCGCAGACCCGCGGGCGCAGCGGCAGGGGGUGAGGCGCCUGGGGGCCGCGGGCCGAGCGGUGGGGUGCCCCGAGCACUAUGCUGGACCCGUCUUCCAGCGAAGAGGAGUCGGACGAGGGGCUGGAAGAGGAGAGCCGCGAUGUGCUAGUGGCGGCCGGCGGCUCGCAGCGAGCGCCGCCGGCCCCGGCUCGGGAAGGGCGGCGGGACGCGGCGGGGCGCGCGGGCGGCGGCGGCGGCGGCGCAGCCAGACCCGUGAGCCCGAGCCCCUCGGUGCUCAGCGAGGGGCGAGACGAGCCCGAACGGCCGCUGGACGAGGAGCAGGAGCGGAGGAUCCGCCUGCAGCUCUACGUCUUCGUGGUGAGAUGCAUCGCGUACCCCUUCAACGCCAAGCAGCCCACCGACAUGGCCCGGAGGCAGCAGAAGCUUAACAAGCAGCAAUUGCAGUUACUGAAAGAACGGUUCCAGGCCUUCCUCAGUGGGGAAACCCAGAUUGUAGCUGACGAAGCAUUUUGCAAUGCAGUUCGGAGUUACUGUGAGGUUUUUCUGAAGAGUGAUCGAGUGGCCAGAAUGGUUCAGAGUGGAGGAUGUUCUGCUAAUGACUUCAGAGAGGUGUUUAAGAAAAACAUAGAAAAACGUGUGCGGAGUUUGCCAGAAAUUGAUGGCUUGAGCAAAGAGACAGUGCUGAGCUCCUGGAUAGCCAAAUAUGAUGCCAUUUGCAGGGGUGAAGAGGACUUGUGUAAACAGCCAAACAGAAUGGCCCUAAGCGCUGUUUCUGAACUUAUUCUGAGCAAGGAACAACUCUAUGAAAUGUUUCAGCAGAUUUUGGGGAUUAAAAAACUAGAACACCAACUUCUUUAUAAUGCAUGUCAGUUGGAUAAUGCAGAUGAACAAGCAGCCCAGAUCAGAAGGGAACUUGAUGGUCGUUUGCAAUUGGCAGAGAAAAUGGCAAAGGAAAGAAAAUUCCCCAGAUUUAUAGCAAAAGAGAUGGAGAAUAUGUAUAUAGAAGAGUUGCGGUCUUCAGUGAAUUUGCUAAUGGCCAAUUUGGAGAGUCUUCCAGUUUCGAAAGGUGGUCCAGAAUUUAAAUUACAAAAAUUAAAACGUUCACAGAAUUCUGCCUUUUUGGACAUAGGAGAUGAGAAUGAGAUUCAGCUGUCAAAGUCCGACGUGGUGCUGUCAUUCACCUUAGAGAUUGUCAUAAUGGAAGUGCAAGGUUUGAAGUCAGUCGCUCCCAAUCGAAUUGUUUACUGUACAAUGGAAGUGGAAGGAGGAGAAAAACUGCAGACAGAUCAGGCCGAAGCCUCAAGGCCACAGUGGGGAACCCAAGGAGAUUUUACCACUACUCAUCCACAGCCUGUGGUCAAAGUAAAACUCUUCACGGAAAGCACUGGGGUCCUGGCCCUUGAAGAUAAAGAACUGGGAAGGGUGAUAUUAUACCCAACUUCUAAUAGCUCCAAGUCAGCUGAGUUGCACCGAAUGAUCGUUCCAAAAAAUAGCCAGGACUCUGACUUAAAAAUCAAAUUGGCAGUGCGAAUGGAUAAACCACCACAUAUGAAACAUAGUGGAUAUCUGUAUGCCCUUGGACAGAAGGUCUGGAAAAGAUGGAAAAAACGUUACUUUGUUCUUGUCCAGGUUAGCCAAUACACCUUUGCUAUGUGCAGUUAUAGAGAAAAAAAGUCUGAACCACAAGAAUUAAUGCAGCUUGAAGGAUACACUGUGGAUUACACAGAUCCCCACCCAGGCCUUCAGGGUGGUCAGAUGUUCUUCAAUGCUGUUAAAGAAGGAGACACUGUAAUAUUUGCAAGUGAUGAUGAACAGGAUAGAAUAUUGUGGGUUCAAGCCAUGUAUAGGGCCACAGGUCAAUCGUAUAAACCCAUUCCUGCAGUUCAAGCCCAGAAGCUGAAUCCUAAAGGAGGAACUCUCCAUGCAGAUGCUCAGCUUUAUGCAGACCGUUUUCAGAAACAUGGUAUGGAUGAGUUUAUUUCUGCGAAUCCCUGCAAGCUUGACCACGCCUUCCUUUUUAGAAUACUCCAGAGGCAGACUUUGGAUCACAGACUGAACGAUUCCUAUUCUUGCUUGGGGUGGUUUAGCCCUGGCCAAGUCUUUGUGCUGGAUGAGUACUGUGCCCGUUAUGGCGUGAGAGGCUGUUACAGACACCUCUGCUACCUUACAGAACUGAUGGAGCAUUCAGAAAACGGUGCUGUCAUUGACCCGACCCUGCUUCAUUACAGCUUUGCGUUCUGCGCCUCUCAUGUGCAUGGCAACAGGCCUGAUGGAAUCGGAACUAUUUCAGUGGAAGAAAAAGAGAAGUUUGAGGAGAUAAAGGAAAGACUGUCUUCCCUUUUAGAGAAUCAGAUAAGCCAUUUCAGAUACUGUUUUCCCUUUGGACGACCUGAAGGUGCACUGAAAGCUACACUUUCAUUACUUGAAAGGGUUUUAAUGAAAGAUAUUGCCACUCCCAUACCAGCAGAAGAGGUGAAAAAAGUGGUCAGAAAAUGUCUUGAGAAAGCUGCCUUGAUCAAUUACACGAGACUCACAGAAUAUGCCAAGAUAGAAGAGACCAUGAACCAGGCGACUCCUGCUAGGAAGCUGGAAGAGGUUCUUCAUCUAGCAGAGCUCUGCAUAGAAGUCUUACAGCAGAAUGAAGAGCAUCAUGCAGAGGCGUUUGCCUGGUGGCCUGAUUUAUUGGCAGAGCAUGCAGAGAAAUUCUGGGCUUUAUUCACAGUGGAUAUGGAUACCGCACUGGAAACACAACCACAAGACUCCUGGGACAGUUUUCCUCUUUUCCAGCUGCUUAAUAAUUUCCUCAGAAAUGACGCACUUCUAUGUAAUGGAAAAUUUCAUAAACACUUGCAAGAAAUCUUUGUGCCCUUGGUUGUCCGCUACGUGGAUCUCAUGGAGUCCUCCAUCGCCCAGUCAAUUCACAGAGGUUUUGAGCAAGAGACAUGGCAGCCUGUCAAUAAUGGCUCAGCAACAUCAGAAGACCUUUUUUGGAAACUUGACGCACUGCAAAUGUUUGUGUUUGAUCUUCACUGGCCAGAACAAGAAUUUGCCCAUCACUUAGAGCAAAGACUUAAACUAAUGGCCAGUGAUAUGAUAGAGGCCUGUGUCAAAAGAACAAGAACUGCAUUCGAACUCAAGCUGCAAAAGGCAAGCAAAACAACUGACUUGCGCAUCCCAGCCUCUGUGUGUACAAUGUUUAAUGUAUUAGUUGAUGCCAAAAAGCAAAGCACCAAACUCUGUGCCCUGGAUGGAGGACAGGAGUUUGGUAGUCAGUGGCAGCAGUACCAUUCGAAAAUAGAUGAUUUGAUUGACAACACUGUAAAAGAAAUCAUUUCACUUCUAGUUUCAAAGUUUGUUUCAGUGUUGGAAGGGGUGUUGUCUAAGCUGUCAAGAUAUGAUGAAGGCACUUUCUUUUCAUCCAUUCUGUCAUUCACUGUGAAAGCAGCUGCAAAAUAUGUUGAUGUUCCAAAACCAGGAAUGGAUCUGGCAGACACCUAUAUUAUGUUUGUUCGGCAAAACCAGGAUAUUCUUCGAGAAAAGGUCAAUGAGGAAAUGUAUAUAGAAAAGUUGUUUGAUCAAUGGUACAGCAGUUCCAUGAAAGUCAUUUGUGUGUGGUUGGCUGAUAGAUUAGACCUUCAGCUUCAUAUUUACCAACUGAAGACACUAAUCAAGAUUGUGAAGAAAACCUAUAGAGACUUCCGAUUGCAGGGUGUGUUGGAAGGCACCCUGAACAGUAAGACCUAUGACACCCUGCACAGACGUUUAACAGUAGAGGAGGCUACAGCUUCUGUUUCGGAAGGAGGAGGACUUCAGGGCAUCACGAUGAAAGACAGUGACGAAGAAGAAGAAGGCUAAUAAAAUGCAGCUCUGCAGAAGGAAGGAGGACCUUGACAUUGUUUAUUUUGUACCUGUCCUUGUAAUGACAUUGAUUGUUUGGACCAAAUAUAAAUGCUUGUAUUUCACUCUACAUUUUAAAAAGUUAACCUGAAGCAGAGUUAAAAGAGAAAAUGCCAAGUAUUUUUUUGAAGAAGAUCAGCCUUUUUUGUGUAGCUUGAUCUAAAAUGAUCUUUGGCACUGUGAUUGGAACAUGAACCUUUUUUUUUUUUUAAAGAAGAUUCGACUUUUUUUUCUGUAAUUACAUCAAAGUCAUGUCGCUUGUGUGAAGUGAAAUAUGUAUUUCUCAUGAUACAACAUUGUGAGAAUAAGCCACUUCUCAUCAUUGUGCCGGCUCUAUUGUACGUAUCCUUGUUAAAAUGGUGUGUACUUGACAGUUUAUCAUUUACGUGCAAGGUUUGUUUCCUAGUUAAUUUAUCAUUGUUGUGAUGUGUGUUAAAACUUUAACCUUGGUUCUUAGUACUCUGAAUUGGUCUUCCUGGGCUUAAAGGAUCGCCAAACCCAAAUAUAGACUAGAUUAUCCAAUGGGCUUGUGUCUUGUUCCAUUCUGAACAUUUUUUCCUUCAAGUAUAAAAAAUCCCAAAGUGUGGGGUAGUAAGUGUGCUGUCGUCAAAAUACCAUAUUCUCCUACUACUAAGUGUAACAGCUUGCAGGCAAUAAAAGUCCACUUGGUCCUAACCACUUAUGUACUUAUUAGACUUGUAUAAAUUAAAUACAGUAAAAUAUGUUUGCAGUAUUAUAACCAUCUCAACAA